UAAAAUUUGACAAAAAUAACAAAGGCAAGUUAAUUAGACUCUUUGGUUAAAUAAUUUUUGCAGAUUAUAAUUAGGAUUGAUUUGCUGCUUGCUAAAUAUACAAUAAAAUAUAAAUAUAUAUGAUAUUAAUUUUUCAUAGUUUGUUUCAAUCAUAAUUAGGGUAAAAUUUUAUUUACAACUGACAUGUGUUUACUUCAUUAAAUACAAUUUAAUAUUUAUAACUCAUUUCUACAAAGAUAUUAAUUUCAAAUGGACUGAUUAGAUUAAUGUUUUCUGUAUAUAAAGACAUACAACUCAAAGAUUAUUCAUGUGCUAGUGCAACAAAGGUGAAGCUUGAACUCAUAAUAUUUUUUCUAAUUCGCUAAUUACGUAGAAACUUUUUACAAUUCUAUUUCGAUCAUACCCAGUUAAUAUCUAGUGUACUAUAUAAAUGUUAAACAAUGAAAUUUAUAUAUUUCGCGGAGAUAUGAUAGUUACAUGAAUGGCUCUAAAAAUCAUAUAGUUAGAUUUGGGUUAACGUUUGGAUUAAAUUAAAAUGCAAUUUAAAUUUGAUUAUAUAUAUAUAUUGUCAUGUUGUCGUGCUCUAUUUGGUUCAAUCUUCAAUGCAUGUAAGUUUGUAAUUAUAGGAAUUGUGAAUUAAGAUCUUUAAUGCAAAGUUUUUUUCACCCGAAGAUGUCAAGCUACUUUCCAGAAAGUUAAAAUGUGUUUUAGUCUUUGGAGAUGUUUUUUUUUAAUUAUUCUCUUUGUUUGUAAAAUGAAGCUUCGACCAACUUCAAACCAUGGAUGGAGAGGGAAGUAAACCGAAAGCAAAUAUAGAUGAUGCGUAUGCAUAUCUUAGGACUGUACAGGAUAAAUUUCAUAACGAUCAUGACAAAUAUGACAAAUUUCUUGCUAUUAUGAAUAAUUUUGAAGCUCGGAGGAUUGAUAGGGCUCAUUGCAUACUGGAGGUGAGGGAACUAUUUAAAGGACAUCAAGACUUGAUUUCGGGUUUCAAUAAAUUCUUGCCAGAGUGGUUGGAGAUCUCCCCAACUUAGAUAGAGGGUUUUACUAUCCAUCAUUUUCAUUUCGGAUCUGAACCGACUUCGGUUUAGAUUUAUUCUAAGUCGAAUCUGUUCUUUCUUCAUAAACAAAUCAUGUUUUGGAUUUAACCAUUAAGGCUUAGUAAAAAUAAGGUUCUAAGAUAUUUGAUAUAUCCAACUUUUUAUUUAUCAUUCGUGUUAACUCUUUAAUCUAAUAAUCCAAAAAAUCAAAAACU